AUAGGAGUGGUACAUAUGUAUCUGUCUGUGUGCCUAUAUAAUAAAAUGUGCAAUGAGAGGUAGAGAAAGAGAGAGAGAGAGAGAGAGAGAGAGAGAAAGAGAGAGAGUUUUGUGAGACAUCUUUUCUCUUGCUGAAAGGAACACAAUGGAUUCUUCUUCAUCAUCAUCAGGAGCAAGUGUUAGUGAGCAUGCGAAGGUUGUUCCAAAACAAUGUGACAUCUUCCAUGCAGGAAAGUACCAUUCAUCUCGCAGGACUCAUUCCUCAUCCUCAUCUUCCUCCUUUGAAUCAUUCUAUUUCCCGGAGGAUCCUCUUCUUAGUCCUGCAUCUCCACUUAUUAGAUUCUCGGGUGUUCCGUUUUCUUGGGAACACUUGCCUGGAAUUCCCAAGAAACAGAAUUCCAAAAAGAAGCUGCAGGAGUCAUCGUUGAAACUAUUACCAUUGCCCCCACCCACCACCACACGCUCUUCUAAGAAGCUCAGUCAUGAAGAAACAAGGGUGAGGAAGAAGAACUCAGUACAAAGUGUAUUCCAAAGGGAUCCUUUCUUUGCUGCACUGGUGGAAUGCUCAAAGGAUGAUAGUGAAGAAACAAGUAGCAAUUUGUGGAGUGGAGCUAAGGUGCCAAGGAGUGUGAGUGAUCGUUUUGGAUUCAUCAGCCUUUAUGGUUCUUGCAAGAGUACUUGUGCUGUUUCUGAGUCUUUAGUCUACCUUCCAAGCUCAAGAAGAAGCACAUGUGCAGAUGUUAGUCCCAGGUCCCUCUAAGCUUGUUAAUUGUGAUGAUGCCUAGCUGUUAAUUGUCCUUGUUCAUGUUGUUGUAAGAAAACCCAGAAAGAGGUAUUUCUUUCCCUCUUUUCUUAAUUUUUUUAAACCUUGAUCUUUGUUUUUUAGCUUCUAAAAUAUGGUAUGUGAAGACAAGUCUGUCUUUGGAAACCCAACUUAUUGUAAUAUGUUAAUACAACUAUAGGAAGUAGUGCUUUGUCUCCUUCUGUUAAUUUAGAGAUCACUCAUGACUC